AUGCCCGCCCUUGUCGUCCGCGACCAAGGCUACCAGCCCGUUCUUCCUAGGCUCUUGGCCCCUAUGGACGACUUCCCCUGCGUCCCGCCUAUUGUUUCCUUUACCGGCCUUAUCGUCGGCACCGGCCACUCCUUGCUCCGGCGGGACCUCCUGCCGGGUCUAGACGCCGCCCAGCUUAACUGUUGCGGCUUUGUCCGCCUUUCUACCUACGUCGCUCCUGGGAUGCCCAAUAAACUCCCCUUCAAGGGCUUCCACCCCUUCCAGGUCUUCGUCAUCUUCCCUAUUCGCGCUAACCCCUGGGCCAUCUUGUGUAAGAAGAUGGCCGAGAGGCGGGACUCUCAAUUCCAACCCAACGUCCCCUUUACUUGCACAGCCAAGGUCGCCGGCCUGCUCCGUCAUGACGUUAUGCUCUAUCCCCCAGGCUCCGACCGGGACAACGUCUUUAUUGUCGUCCCGGAUUCUUGGACAUUUCUCGACAAGGCCGCCGCCGCCGUCACCCCAAUGACACCACUCUCUCUACACCACAGAGGCAGCAGGCGUCCUCCUUCCGCGGCCUUUCAGGACAUGCGCGCUGCCUCUUUGUCUUUGGCCACCCCUGGCACCCUCCCGCUCAGCCCUCCACCUUUGGCUUCGGCUUCGCCUCGACCGGCCCCUUGGGCCGCCCGGGAAGCGAUGUUGCCCUGA